CCGCCACGCUUUCCAGCUGGAGUCCUAGGGCGCUGACUGCUCCCCAGUUUCCGUAGGAAAGCGCCGGGCUACCGCAGCUAUUGUGCGUCGCGCUGUCGCCCUCCUCUUCCCGCUCGGGUGAUUAUGGAGGAAGGCUACGUUUCAUUGCUGCCCCUGCUUAACUCCUCCAGCGCCUAACAGAACGGCAGGCCGGCUCCCUUGGACCAGGAAGAACUCUUGGGAGCCGGAAGACUCUGGUAACAAAACCCUAGAGUGCAAGGAAGACAGUUGAAGAAGGAGCCCGAGCGCUCCGGCUCGGCACAAGGGCUUCGCUGGGUCGGGGCAGAGGCGCUGGCUUUAAGCCGCGGGAGGGGACAGUGCAAUCAGCGUUGCCCGUGGAUUUCGGCAAAAGGAAACCUUCAGCUAGCUCGCCAGCGAGGAGUGAGGAGAGGCGGCUCCCACCCCCAGCGCUCACCCCCGCCUACACCCUGGGCGGGCCGAAGUGUCACGUUUGCAAUUGCUCAGGAAGGAUCUGGCCGGUCUCCGGAGGCGAGCCCGGCUGCGGUUUCUGCUGCCUGUCAGGGGAGGCGAUGCCUAGGGGGCAUGCUGCUUGCUAGGCAGCACCCCAUCGGAAUCCGACUGCGUUAGCUCUCCUUGUCACCUGAAGCAAUCGCCGGGCCUCCCGUUUCCGGUACAGACCAGCCAGCUUUCCCCAGGAGUCUCAUCGGAACAGAACCAUGGGACAUCCCCCGCUGGAGUUCAGCGACUGCUACCUGGACAGCCCCGAUUUCCGUGAGAGGCUCAAGUGUUAUGAACAGGAGCUGGAGAGGACCAAUAAAUUCAUCAAAGAUGUGAUCAAAGAUGGCAACGCGCUUAUCAGCGCAAUGAGAAAUUAUUCCUCAGCUGUUCAGAAAUUUUCCCAGACGCUUCAGUCCUUUCAGUUUGAUUUCAUUGGAGACACUCUGACUGAUGACGAGAUUAACAUUGCUGAAUCCUUCAAGGAAUUUGCCGAAUUGCUCAAUGAAGUAGAAAAUGAGAGGAUGAUGAUGGUACAUAAUGCUAGUGAUUUGCUGAUCAAACCCCUGGAAAAUUUCCGGAAGGAGCAAAUAGGCUUCACCAAGGAGCGGAAAAAGAAAUUUGAAAAGGAUGGCGAGAGGUUUUAUUCCUUGCUGGAUCGGCAUCUACAUCUGUCUUCCAAAAAGAAAGAAUCUCAGUUACAAGAGGCAGACCUUCAGGUGGACAAGGAGAGGCACAAUUUCUUCGAGUCCUCCCUUGAUUAUGUUUAUCAAAUCCAGGAAGUUCAGGAGUCCAAGAAGUUCAAUAUUGUGGAGCCAGUCUUGGCCUUUCUUCAUAGCCUCUUCAUUUCCAACAGCUUGACUGUGGAGCUCACACAGGAUUUUCUCCCAUACAAACAACAACUCCAGCUCAGUUUGCAGAAUACAAGAAAUCAUUUCUCCAGUACGCGGGAAGAGAUGGAAGAACUUAAGAAAAGGAUGAAAGAAGCUCCCCAGACAUGCAAACUUCCAGGACAGCCUACCAUUGAAGGCUAUCUCUAUACGCAAGAGAAAUGGGCUUUGGGAAUAUCCUGGGUGAAAUACUACUGCCAGUAUGAGAAAGAGACCAAAACACUCACCAUGACGCCUAUGGAGCAGAAGCCAGGCGCUAAGCAGGGUCCCUUGGACUUAACCCUGAAGUACUGCGUGAGAAGGAAGACAGAGUCUAUCGACAAGAGGUUCUGUUUUGAUAUAGAAACUAAUGAAAGGCCCGGAACCAUCACUCUGCAGGCCCUUUCAGAAGCUAACAGAAGGCUAUGGAUGGAGGCCAUGGAUGGGAAAGAACCUAUCUACCACAGCCCCAUAACAAAACAGGAAGAAAUGGAGCUGAAUGAAGUGGGGUUCAAGUUUGUUAGGAAGUGCAUCAAUGUCAUUGAGACCAAAGGGAUCAAGACAGAGGGAUUGUACCGUACUGUGGGCAGCAAUAUUCAGGUUCAGAAGCUGCUGAAUGCCUUUUUUGAUCCUAAAUGCCCAGGAGAUAUUGAUUUUCAUAAUAGUGAUUGGGACAUUAAGACAAUCACCAGCUCCUUGAAAUUCUACCUCAGGAAUCUUUCUGAACCUGUCAUGACUUAUAGACUUCACAAAGAGCUGGUCUCUGCUGCCAAGUCUGAUAACCUGGAUUACCGGCUGGGAGCUAUUCACUCCCUGGUAUAUAAGCUACCAGAAAAGAACCGAGAGAUGCUGGAACUUCUUAUAAGACACUUGGUCAAUGUGUGUGAGUACAGCAAAGAGAAUCUUAUGACUCCCUCCAACAUGGGAGUGAUCUUUGGGCCCACUCUGAUGAGAGCUCAGGAGGACACUGUGGCUGCCAUGAUGAACAUCAAAUUCCAGAACAUUGUGGUAGAAAUCCUAAUCGAGCACUUCAUCAAGAUCUAUUCAGGUCCACCUGAGGAAAGUGCUGCACCCCCAGUGCCUCCACCUCGAGUGACAGCAAGAAGGCACAAACCAAUCACGAUUUCAAAGCGCUUGCUGCGGGAAAGGACAGUGUUCUAUACUUCUCCCCUGGAUGAAAGUGAAGCUGAAAUCCAACAUCAAACACCCAAUGGUACCAUCACAAGCAGUAUAGAACCCCCCAAGCCACCACAAUACCCAAAGCUGCCUAUUCAGAGGAGUGGGGAAGCUGAUCCUGGGAGGAAAUCCCCAAGCAGGCCUGUUUCAGAUGGCAAGUUGGAGUCAUGCCCUGAGGUGGACAUCGGGAAGUUGGUGCCUAGGCUGCAAGAUGGAGGGACCAAGGCCACACCAAAGGCCACCAAUGGACCUGUGCCAGGCUUUGGGCCCACCAAAGCUCCCUCUUUCCACAUAAAGAGACCAGCUCCUCGGCCCGUGGUUCACCACAAGGAGGGAGACUUUGAUAGUUUCAGCAAAGUGCGGCCUCCAGGUGAAAAGCCAACCAUCAUCCGUCCCCCAGUGAGGCCUCCAGACCCUCCCUGCCGGGCAGCUACUCCUCAGAAGCCAGAACCAAAGCCCGAUAUUGUGGCUGGCAAUGCAGGGGAAAUCCCAUCAUCUGUGGUGGCUUCCAGGACCAGGUUCUUUGAAACAGCUUCCCGGAAAACAGGAAGUUCUCAAGGCAGACUUCCUGGAGAUGAGAGUUGAGGCCUCAGGUUUUAAAGCCUUGGCCUCAGGGAACCCUUUCCAGGUUCUGAAAGGGCCUUCUUCAAACCUUUGUGUGCUGAGUCAUUUUGUGCUGAAGAGCAGCUCCUUCCUGGCCCUGCACCUUCAAGCUCUGGGAUGCUAUAAAAUAAGGGGUGCAUGUCCUAGACACAGGUUUAUUUUUCCUUUGUAUUCUGUCUUCAUUCCCUCAGCUCCUGUUAAGACUGUGAAUGGCUGAAUUCCCUCAAGCCAGACUCUGCAGAAACCAGGCUAUCCACUGACCUGAGUCGAAGAGGGGAGCUCAGUUUUCAACUCUACUCUGAACUUACUGCCUCCUCAAAAGGCCAUCGAACUCUGAAAGAUUUGGGGCUGAAGACUAAUCUCAGAGGUCUUACCCUGAACUAAAAGCUACUGCAGUUGGGGCCACUGCUUACUCCGGAAGUAGGGGAGUAGGAAUGUUUGCUGAACAUUGGAGACUCUUAACAUGUCUUUUACUGAGGAUAUGGACCCUGCUGCCAUAUUGGAGGUGCGGCACUGCAAUAUAUUGCCAAUAACCUGUCUACUCCUAUGAGAAUAGACAGAAUGGGUGAUGCCCCCACAACCCCUCCAUAUGGACUCAGGAAUGUGGCCUUCCUACUCUUGCAUAUAGCCGCAAAGCAUGUUUUGCAUGUCAAAGCCUAGGUCUGUUUGAAUUAUUCUUCUUCCUGUUUUCUCCUGACAACUUCCCUUUCCAAGUAAUCAAGAAAGAAACAACGCUGAAAACAGUGCUUUAAAAAAGGCAGACUGUGUUUGUCCUGCAGGAGUUCCAUUUUUGGGUCAAAUGCUGGGAAAAAUUGUUAAGAUGAAUGGAGGCCAGGCAGCUGUCACUGUUGCAUCCUGCUUGCCUUCUACGGAUAAGCUCUUUUAUCUCCUGAAAGAAGCAGUUCUUAACCCAGUGUCCAUGGAUUCAGGAAAUUCAUGAAGCCUCUGAAAUGGUAUGCAGAAUUCCAUGACAAUGUGCCUUUUCUGGGGAGAUGGUCCAUAACAUUCUACUGAAUUUCAAAUGGGCCUAUGACCCAAUAAAGAUUAAGAACCACAGCCCUCAAGAUAAAAAACUCUUUUUACACCCCAUAAUGUGUUUGAUUGGAAGGGCCUUUCAAAAUCACUUAGUCUACCUACCUAGUUUACCAUUGGGGAAACUAAGGCAGAACAAGUUAGCAGCCAUGCCUAAACAAGAUCUCAGGUCCCUGGGCUCCUAUACAAGGUUCUCUCCAUUACACCACACUUAUUUAGCAAGGGGCCUUAUAGUUGCUGGCUCUAGUGGUCAUCAUUUUGGGGGUUUGGCUUUUACCCACUUUCUUGAACCUCACGUAUUUGCCACCAAAUGGAAAAUUUCCAGACAUAAACUCCUGGUCUUCCUCAUUUGCUAUCUCAUCAUUGGAAAGAAACUACAACACAAUUGGUGUAGUGAGUCAGAAAUCUGAGUAGACAUUUCUGAUUCUCAUUUGUUGAAGGGAAGCUACUGGAGAAAGUGGCAUUGCUUGUAUUCCCACGCAGAGGCCUGGGCCACUGCCUGUCUUUAGGGUCUGUGUAACUAUAAUAUGGCCCAGUUUGAGAGAAAGGGCUUUCCUACUUGGACCCUUCUAGCAAGGCCCUGCUAGUGCACUGACUAUAGUACUGAGAGAGAGGUGCAGACAUAGAGG